CUUGAGGGUCUUUUUCGGCACGACAAGUCGGCAAGACCGCAAGAUCGUCUGUAAUCGCUAAUUCUAGUCAAAUGCAAUAAUAUCUUACCCCGGAAUCAGCGACUAGAACAACAAUUGCAUAAUUUCUUAAUUCGAGAAAAUCAUCAAAUCAGUUCAGAAUCCUCUUGUAUUUCAAUAUGAAUUGAAAUUUUGUUGGUGAGUUUUGAGCGAGAUUCGAGAGUUUGUGUGCAAUUGAAGUUCAGAUCGUAGACCUCUUGAAUGGAGAAAACCGGAGAUGCUGGUGGGAUAGCAGAUGAAUUUUUCCCAAAUGCACAGGCAGAUGUUGGGCCAUUGGUUUCAAGCACCAAUCUCUUCUUGGACAAAGUUGGGGAGGUAGUUCUCACUUGCCAUUCAGAUGGGUUGUCAUGGAAAUUGCUCGAACCCCCUGAUGAUGAUCGAACUUGCUUGGGACUUAAACAGAUUUCUAGAACUGCGACAGAGGUCAAAUUUUCUGAUGUAUAUGCGGUGGAACUCAUGCAUGGGUCAGGUCGGGUAAAUGGUGCAAAGUGUUUUUCACUUCAUGAUUGUCAUGACUCCAAGAUGUAUCACUUUUCAGUACACAGUUUCGAAAGGUCAAAAUCCCAGCCUUCUCUUUUGACCCUGGUUAUGUAUGCUUUCAGUCACAACAAUAUGGAGACAUGCCAGAUGUGGGUAAAUCGGAUUAAUGAUUCUCUGAACAAAGAUAUAGGAAGACCAAAGAAUCUUUUGGUAUUUGUUAAUCCAUUCAGUGGAAAAGCAAAUGGAUUUAAGACAUGGGAAACUGUUGCUCCUAUAUUCUCACGUGCAAAAGUGAAAACAAAGGUAAUUGCUACGGAGAGAGCUGGACAUGCAUUUGAUGUAAUGGCAUCUAUGGCAGUCAAGGAUCUCAAAUCAUAUGAUGGUGUUUUAGCUGUUGGUGGAGAUGGUUUCUUUAAUGAAAUCCUUAAUGGUUUCCUUCUGUCAAGGCAUAACGCUCCUAACCUGCCAACCCCUUCAGAUUUUUUUCAACCUGUUGGGACUAAUUCUGUAGUUAAUGUUACAAAUGAUGCACCUGCUGAAGCUUCUCAUCAGGAUGAAGACCAGUCUCCAUUUCUCUCUGGCUCAAGAAGCCAUAAUGGAUCAGGAUUGAUGAAUUUAAAUCUAUCUAAAUUUACAGGAAGUGACCCUGGUUUGAGCAACCCAGCAGACCAAGAUCAUGCUUUUCCCAUUCCCAGUGAACGGUUCAGAUUCGGAAUAAUUCCUGCAGGUUCAACUGAUUCAAUUGUGAUGUGUACCACUGGAGCUCGAGAUACUAUAACUUCAUCACUGCAUAUUGUCCUCGGCAAAAGGGUGUGCCUUGAUAUAGCUCGAGUUGUAAGAUGGAAAACAACAUCCACAUCAACUAUUGAACCUUUUGUACGCUAUGCGGCUUCUUUUGCUGGGUAUGGAUUUUAUGGAGAUGUCAUUACAGAGAGUGAAAAAUACCGCUUCAUGGGCCCUAAGCGUUACGACUAUGCCGGAACUAAAGUGUUUUUAAGGCACAGGUCUUACGAGGCAGAAGUAGCAUAUCUUGAAGUUGAAUCAGAAAAAACAAAACUGCUUCCUGAGAAUGGUCGUCCUCUUGAAAGGAUACGUGCAUUUUUGGGACAAAAUAAAUCAGACAAUCUUGUUUGUCGCAAAAAUUGUAAAGUUUGUAACACAAAGCCAAAUGGUGCAACCACAAGAACUCCCAAUGCAAUGCCUUACUCGCAUCCGAAAGGAGCAAGAUGGCUAAAAUCCAGAGGGAAUUUCCUUAGUGUUGGUGCUGCCAUAAUCUCUAACAGGAACGAAAAAGCACCUGACGGAUUGGUUGCUGAUGCACAUCUCUCAGAUGGUUUCCUGCAUCUCAUAUUGAUUAGAAAUUGUCCCCGGGCAUUAUAUUUAUGGCACCUUACACAGCUUGCUAGGAGAGGAGGAGAACCCCUGAAUUUUGAGUUUGUGGAACAUCAUAAAACCCCAGCAUUUGCGUUUACUUCUUUCGGUAAUGAGAGCGUCUGGAACCUGGAUGGUGAACUCUUUCAAGCGCACCAGCUUUCAGCGCAAGUGUUCCGAGGACUUAUCAGCUAUUUUGCAUCUGGUCCAGAAGUUUAAUGGAAUACCAUUUGUAAAAGGAUAGAUUUCCUGUAAGAAAUUUAUAGCUUGUUGUAUAAGUUAACUUGUAUUAUACAAUGAAUACGUAUUACCAUAUCCCAUAUGCCCUAAGAGCUUAAUAGUGAACUUUGGUUCAUGGGUUAAGUUGGGUCAAAUGACUGCAGGUCAGGACUGGAGAAGAGGCUGUUGUAGAAUCGAACCACAUUGAUUCAGCGGACGAGCUGUAUGAUAAUGAGAAUAACAAGUCACUGACUCUUCUAGUUU